AUGCCGCUGCUGUUUACUCCCAAUCAGCCGAGUUGGUCCACUAAAGCCACCUUUUCGCUUGUUCGGCCUUGCAAGCCUUGCGAAAAGGAUGAGCCGAAUGUCGUGGACGGCCUGGCAAUCUACUGGCACAACUCAAAGGUGAUGGCCCAGGCCUGGGGAGAUGCCGUCCAAAGGGACAAGGAACGCCUCCGAGAAGGCCAGACACGAACAUUCUGGACUGGCAGGAGAACGUGUUGCUCUUGCUGCCGAGAAGCGCUGGAAACGUGGUUUGCCUUCCGAAGAUGGCGAGACUGGCUGCAAGGUGAUCCCAAUGGUCAGCUUGUUUCUCUUGUUGUGGGUGCCGUUGUGUUGAUUCUUUCAGGCACAGCAGUUUGGUCAUCUGUGGGUGGGGAUCCAAAUGCUGGGUCAUCCUGGGAAGAAAGCAUGUGGAUGUCUUGGGGGUUGUUCUUCGAUCCCGGUACACAGACAGGAGUAGCAGCCGACGCGCCGAUCAAAGUCAAACUGGCUGCACUAAUAUUUUCGGUGCUCGGUUUUCUAUACAACCUGACUUUCCUUGGCAUCAUUGUAGAAUGGAUUCGGUCUUCCAUGGAUACUUGGACCAGAACCCGGAGCCGAGUGUGGUUUGGACGGCAUGUCUUGGUUCUCGGAUGGAGCGAGAAGACGCUUUACCUCCUCAAUGAGCUCUUUGAAGCUUUCCACGCGAGUGGGCAGCGAUAUCCUGUUGUUGUACUGGCUGACCGAGACCAAGCCGAGAUGCACCAGGAUAUACAGCAGUACUUUCUCCAGCUCUGGGAGCACAUGAGCUUUUUCGACAGGCGCUGGCGCAUGCUGAGCUCCCUGAAGAUUCGGCAGGGCAUCGCGCACGACACGGAUUCGUUGGACCGAGCCGGAGCCAGUCGUGCACAGGAAAUUAUUAUACUUUCUCACCACGGGGACCCGAACUUUGCAGAUCUCGAGACGAUCCGAAUUGUGGUGGCAUUGUCUUCGCUGCGGCAGCCUGUUACAUGCCAAAUCUUUUCAGAGGUGCAAGUACAGGAGGUGGCUAAAGUUCUCCGGCGAUUGCACGCUCGUACUGAGGUCAUACAUGCCCGCGCGGCCUCCAACCACGUGCUAAGUCUACUUGCCACAAAUCAUGUUAUAGGGACGUGUUUUGCGGAUCUUUGCUCCUUCACAGCUGGUGAUGAGCUCUACGUCGUGGACCGGCAGGAUGGCUGGCAAACCUUUAAAGAGGCCUGUGCUGCCUUUGACAAGGCCGUCUGCAUUGGUGUCCAGGCCAAACAGAAGGUGCAGGGUGCUUUUGGAACGCGCAUCGAGCUUGCCCCACCAGAUGAUCGGCUGCUGCUGGAAGGAGAACGUCUGCUGGUCAUGGCGUCCGACUGGCAGGACGGAUUCAGGCUUCGUAGUGAUAAGCUUAUGUAA